AGAUCCGUCCCUGGCUAAUAAUAUAUAGUAGGUGCUGCCUCACAGUACAUGUGCCCUAGUGUUAAGCGGAGGGGCAUUUUCUAUAAGUCAGUGUUACACCGCUUGUAAGUCCGUUUGUACGGCUCUCACACCGCCGUUCCCGCAGCAGCACAGAAGGAUCAGCUCAACUGCGCGUUUUGCCUUGCACACCCUGAUCGCAGUUGGUCCAUGCUAAGUCGCAGGUUGCGGGAGGAGUUAUACUCUGAGCAGUGUUUGGCCUGGUUACCAUGGAGCACUCCGCUGCUCACCUCACACGCUGCCCGGCCACCCUGCGCUGCAGCCACACCGGCUUUCCCCGUGCAGCUGGAAGGUUUCGGUGAAAAUAUGUCUUCUGAAGACCUUGUGAGACGACGAAGUUGUGAACUGGUAAACACACCAUUGCCUUGUGUUAACAAGGCCAUUCACCACAUUGAGAAGCUGGAAGUAAAGAUUAAAGAGUGGUUCCUGCAGAAUGAAGGUAUUCCACAGAAGAAAAGUAUUAAAUGGGCUUCCAGUGAGAGUGGUAUUGAUGGAGUCAGAGAUAUCACAGCAGAAUCAACUGUGUUGCAUAUUACGGGUGUUGGUCUCAUUGACAAAGGUGAAGAUUUUCCUCUAAAGCAAUACACAGAAGAUGUAAUCUCUGAAGUUAUACAACUGAUCUGGAGGUUAGAAGUAGACCAUCAAGAAGCAGAAGAGGCUUUGAAACUAGAAAAGAAACGAAAACAAGGUCUGACCACACAAAUUGAUACACUCUCCCAGUGGAAACUUAGUACACUCCCUGAGGCUGUUCAAAAAGAGUAUGACGCCUGUGCUGAGGACCUUUCUGAACUACAAUGGCAUGUCUUUUGUAAAAAACAAGAACUGGAAAAUGCGCAGGAUAAAGCUGCAAAGACAGAAGCAGUGAAUGUAAAACUCAAAAAGGAAAUCGACUUUAUUAGGAAACAGCGCCCUCUGCUGGAGCAAAAGCUUAAUCAUGAGGGCGACGCCACGAGCAGGAUACAGCAGGCUCAAAGUGAAGCAACAAGAUUACUAAACGCAGCAGAAGUUAAACUUGAGGCCUCACGUAUGAGCUUUGAGAAGGUUACUGCAGAAGCUAACAGAGAGAGAAGUGAUAUGGCAGCUAAAGUGGGCGAAGUAAAGAGGACUCUGCAGGUCUGCAGAGGUAAUUUGCAGAAUGCUGAAAAUAUAUGGACUGAAUGCACUUCCGACUUGUUAGACACUGACAGAAAGAUUGAGGAUGGUAAAAUGCUGUACAGUGAGUUACUGAAUGAAAAACAACAGGUCACAGAGAGCGAAACUUCAUGGAAUCAACAAGUGACCGAUUUAAAAUAUGAGUUGGAUGAUCAAGAAAAGAAAUACACAGACCUAACAAAUAUCUAUUCCAGACUUUCCCAGGAAAUGGAAAUUAUGGAAGCUGAUUUUCAGACUCGGUUAUCUGAUCUGGAACAGCAGCUGCAUGAAAAACUUCACACACUCAGAGACUUAGAAUAUGAAAAUAAGACCCUUACUCUGGAAAAUGAGGACAUUUCAACCAAAAUCUCAAACAGUUAUAGGAUGAGAAGUAAGCUUGAAGCAGACAUUCAGCGUAUGCAGAAAAGCCUAGUGCGGAAGGAAGAGCAGACCAAUGAUGUUCUUAAGGAGCUGGCCAAAGUUUCUGUCCAGCACACAGCAUCCAAAGCAAAACUGAUAGAAUUGGAAGAACAGUUAUCUAAAGAGGAAACCCGUCUGAAGGCUCUGGUCGAUACCUUGAGAAAACGAAUUAUUGAAGAAGUGAAAUCAGGUCAAGUUACGUUGGCAAGGAUAAAUGCAAUGAUGGCAGAAAGGCAACAAAAACAGGAAGAAAACCGCAAAAUAAAAGCGGAAUUGGUGAAGAAGGUAGAAGAGGUGGAGCAGCCUCUGGCGCAGUUGGAAGCAGAACUGAUUAAACUAACACAUCUAUACAAUAAGAAAUCAGAGGAACUUAGGAUGGUGAGGCAGCAGAAGCAGCAAUGUGACAAGGAGUUCAGUCUGGAGAGCCAGGAGUUGGAGCACCAAAAGAAAAACCUGCAGCAACAGUUACACACUACACAGAUGCAAAUAUCUGAGGUUUCAGGACAGUUAAAAAAUACUAUGGAACAUACAGAAAAAUGUCAGAAAUCCACUUGUGACUUAAUUCAGUAUGGAAAUAUAAUUGGAAACACUAUAAAAGCAACUGAGAAUGCAAUUGCAAAGUUACAGCAGAAUUCUAAUAUUCAGGAGCUGAAGCUGAAUAAUGUAAAAGAUACAUCCGAAUAUCUGCUAAAAGAAAUAGAUAUGUCCACACAACACAUGAAUGCCAGAAAGAGGGAUUAUGACCUACAGAUGAAAAUUAGACAAGAAGCUCAGAAGCAAAGCUUGGGAGCUUUGCAGGCAGCACUUGAUGAAAAUGCAGCAUUAGUUAAGGAGUAUCAGACUCUGCAAACCAGCUAUUUGGAUGAGAAAGAUAAGCAGUUGGGCAUCUUUGAAAGCAGGCUAUCAAUGGAGGCAACAGUACGAGACUACUUGCAGAUCUCGGUGCUGCAGAGCAGGAUGCACCAGGCUUUGGUGGAGUUCUUCAAACAACAAGGCCUCUAUAACCAGGCUGGGCUGGCCCGAUUCCAGGCAGCCUCUCAGGAGAAUGCUCAGAAAAUAUUAGAUGUGCAGGAGGAGAUGUCAAAAACAAUUCAGCACAUCUCUGCCUUCCUUACGUCUGUGACAGAUGGCUCACCCAGAGAAGACAGCAAAGAAAACAAGCAGUCUAUCUGGCAUGCUGAAACAAAAGACAGGGAAAGUCACACAGUUCACAUAACAGUGUAAUUGGACAGUCACCUGUUUGCCAUUUCACACUUCUAUGGACGGAAAACUCUCGCACAUCCCAGCAUGCUUUGCCAUCCUUUUACUUACAGCAAAUCCAUAACAAUGAAACAGGUGACUUUCAUGCUGCUGUCAGGAACGAUCUAAUUUCAGCUCUGGGUGACUGAUUGCAAUUGGCUUUGCUUCAUCUGAUAAUUAAUCUAUGUCACCAUUAAUUGGAAGAGAGAAUAAUUACUGGCGGUGUUGACAGUGACUGUACACUUCCCCAGAUUUCCCCAUUGUGUUGGCCCGAAUAAAGGCUUUUGCAAUGAGUACUUAAAGUUUAUAUAAACUAUAAUAAUACCAAUACCCUUGUGAUAGUACCAGAUACCCCACGUGACGGAUCUUUUUUCUGUUUACAAGUCGUGUGUGUGUGUGUGUUUUUCUCUUUAGCUCGCAGUGAGCUGUCUCCCUCAAUCACUCUUCAGUGUUCUAUCUUAAUUUUGAAGAAGUUUAAAGUUUUCAAUGAGCUGGAGAUGAAUGAUUAAUGAAUAAAUUUAAAUGCUUCAUUUUG